AUGAGCACACCAGAUUUUGUUGAUAAUCAACAUGUUGAACAUGUUGAACCUUACAUUAUUGAAAAUUCUGGCUUCUCCUCUUAUGGCAUUCGUGGAAAGCAAUACGACACGGGUUAUGAAACCCCCGAAAGUCCCAGUUCCCCCGUAACACCACACAAAGAAUUCAGUUAUUCUAAUAUAUCUGACGAAAUGGCAUCCAAAUUAGAAAGAAUUGGCAAGGCAUAUAAUUCUAUUGAGGAUUUUGAGAAAAGAAAGGAUCUUGAGAAUGAUGCAGAAAAUGUGGGAACCAUGGUUGCAAGAAUGAAAUGGUAUAAAGUUUAUAGAUCUAAAUAUGAGAAUAUAAAAGUAUUUGGAUAUUUUUGGAUGAUUCUUAGUGAUAUAAUUAAAAUUCAGGCCAUGUUAAUUAAUCAACGACAACCGAAAGAAAUCAAUGUUUUUAUUGAAGAAGUGUUUAUUAAAGGAUAUCUUGUUUUUAUUAAUAUAAUGACAACAAUUUAUGUAAAUACUAAUGGAUUAAAUCCAAGAACCAUAACAUUUUUUGAACAGAUUCCCAAAGGAGCAGAUUUAACUAGCAUUAUGAAUCAGUGUAGAGAAUUAAUUAUGAUUGAAGAUACAUUCGAAAUGGAGAAUGAGUUGAACAAAAUGGCAUAUUAUUUAAAAUAUCUAAAAAGAAGGCUAGCGGAGGUUGCGGAAAUGAAUAAUGUGGAUGUUGAAAAUAAGAGUGAAUAUUUGAAAGCGUUAGAGAAAUCGUAUCAUUGGAAUUAUUGGAAUCAUUGGAAUGCAGUGUUUGAGUACGAUAUUAAUGCUACAAGUAGUUAUAACAAUACUAAUGAUGGCAUUAAAACCAGUACUAAUAAUAGCACUAAUAUCACAAAUAGUCACACCAAUACCAAGAAUAGUUUCACUAAACGCAAGAAUCCUGAACUAAGAAAAUAUUAUUACGAAAUGUAUGGUAAAGAAGCAUUGAUGGAUCUUCUUAACGAAUUAAAGGAAGAAAUGAGACGAGAAGAAUUGAAGACCAAAAGAAUUAAUGAUUUAAAUAAAUUAAAGAAAUAUAAAGAGUCAAAAAUAAAGUGA